GCAUGGCGAUUUGUUGUUGAGAGCGCGACAUUCAGCCCUUGAUCAAUCCAGGGCCAUCAAGGUGUUCAUGUCAACGUCAAAGGAUCUCCACACAGCCCCCACUGCAACUCAAACAUGGGGAAACGUGCUCAUCCAGGUACUCAAGUCCAGGUCUCAUCUCUCAUAUCAGGACCCGUGCCCCUCUGCUCCUAAGCUUGUUCUUCCUUUACCCCUCAUUCACACCAAUCCCCUUCUCCGCUAUACGUAGCAAAGCCAGACAAAGUCGACCCAGAACAACAAAGUCCAAGCCAGAACAGCGUCGAAUUCCUCACAGCACCAACAAACAAUGGCAAGCUCAACCACCUACAAGCUCCCAGAGCUGUCCUUUGCCUAUGACGCCCUGGAGCCGCACAUCUCCAAGCAAAUCAUGGAGCUGCACCACAGCAAGCACCACGCCGCCUACGUGACCAACCUCAACAAGGCGCUCGAGACGUACGCUUCGGGCGAACUGGCGGACCGCGUUGCGACCCUGGCGACCAUCAACUUCAACGCCGGCGGCCACAUCAACCACACGCUCUUCUGGGAGAACCUGACGCCGGCGUCGAGCCCAGAUGCCGUGGCCGCGACAUCGGCUCCUUCACUGGUCUCUCAGAUCGAGAAGCAGUGGGGCAGCCUCGACAAGUUCAAGGCAGAGUUCUCCGCCGAGCUGCUGGGAAUCAAGGGUAGCGGCUGGGGAUGGCUGGUCAAGGAGAAGACGGCGGCUGGCGCGCUGGUUAUCGUCACCACCAAAGAUCAGGAUUCCGUUCCGAGCGGCAUCCCGAUCUUCGGAGUCGACAUGUGGGAGCAUGCUUACUAUCUUCAGUAUCUGAACGGAAAGGCCGCUUAUGUCGAAAACAUUUGGAACGUUAUCAACUGGAAGACCGCCGAGAGGAGAUACACUUCGCCAGGACGUUCCGAGGUUUUCAAAGCACUACAUGCUUCCCUGUAGUUGAGGCAAAUUGAUUGAGGGGGCUUUAGCCUAUCCUGUAAAUGAGUGAUGAUAGAAAGUAACUUGGUUCUAUGAAAUGACGUAUUUUUAUACUGUAUACGACCCGAAGCGCAGUUGAAAUAUAUCGCGACUCCUGCAUUGAUUAUCCAAUAGAAAAAGCAAUCCACAUGCAGCUUCUCUUUGCA